CAUUAUGGAUGUCAUCCGGGUGGCUCAUAUUGUAACUGACAGGUGAAUCUAAGACAUGUAGACUUGACACUUCCUGGUUACAUGAUUUGAUCAGACCUUCAGAUGUGUCCGACUAAUCAAAUGCAUAUAGUAGCCUAAUAAUGAGGUCACUGCUAUAGUACCGGAAAAUGUAGGCUACUUUGUUAAAAGUUAAUUUGGCAUACCAAAAGGACUGCAAUAGGCUCUUCUAGAGUUACAGUAUUAAUAGUCCACUAUUAAACGUGAAGUUAAAGGUGUCAUAGGUAGGGCUAUAGGCUAGUUUAAUUAAAGCCGUCCAUGAUUCGAAGGAAAAUAAAAUAGGCUAUCUGUAGCCUACAGACAUUUGCGAUUAAUCGCAAUUAUUAUAGACACAUGUGCUGUAACAAUGACCGGUUUUGAAAAAUGCAAAUAAACCAGAAAAUAAAAUGAAACUACGGGCAAAAGUCGAAUCAAAUGAAAAUCUCGUGUGUUCGCUUGCAGGCUCCUUCAACAUGCGAUGCUCCCUCUCUCUAAACAGCAUGCAAUAAUUGAUGUUAGGCGUGUGUGCACAUACAUGGGUGUUUUCUGUGGUUCAAGUCUCUUGCAGAAGAGGUCGCGCGUGCACCUCCGCCACAGAGAGGGAAAAUCCUCCUCCAGUCAGUCUCGCGUGUCUCACUUCUAUGGAAAUGAAUUCCGUGUAGUCUGCCUCGCGCCACCGCAGUUCGGAAAUUGAAUGGGAUAUAGAUUGUGAUCCCGGAGGGAAACCGCAACACCUGUCUCGUCUAAUAAUAUCUUUCUCUCCUUUAUUCUGUAAUCCAUUGUCUCCUCACGCAGAUCACCUUUCAACAGUAACCUUGUAUUAAAUUAACACCCUCUACUGUUAAUCAGACCUGGCAUGGCCUAGAAAGUUGUGACAUUUCCCAUCUCAAAGGUUUGUGGUGACAUUCAAAGGCCAUCAAUGCGUAGUUCAAUUUGUAAUUCAUACCCGGUUAUAUAGAGCCUUUAUAUCUGAUCACACCACCUACAAACACGUUCCCUAUUGUUCCCUUUUACACUAAAACCCCGAUAUUUAUAGGAAACUGGGUUUUUAGGGUGGGAUUAAAUAUGUUGUUGUUUAUGCCAAUAUAUUGUUUUACUGUGUGACUGGACUGGUCUCAUCCACGUCUGGUCAGUUGUGGGUAUCCGUAAGAUACAAAUUGGGCCAUUUUUUAUUUAUGCUUCCUGCGACUUGGUAUUCAGCAAAACUCAGAAGUGAUUUAGGGGCAAGAGAAAGUUUCAAGCAGCUAUGUCACCUGAUUUGGAUUGAAAGAACUUGGGGAAGAAAAAAAAAAAACUCUCUCUCCCCACCCCCACAGAGAGGAAGACCGCCCACACCACAGACAGUCGGCCCGAGACCCCUUAUACACUUAAAAAGAGGUGGCACUCUGAGAGCAGCGUUCAUUCAGCACUGCCUGAGUAAGAAGAUUACUUUUGCACUGCUCGUCUAGAUACUCUUUCUCUGUUUAAACAUGCUAAGGAUGCUAAAGCGCCAGCAGCUCCACCCGGGAAUGAUUUUAUUACUCUUAUGGCUCUGUUAUUUGAUUGAAGAUCAAAAAGUGCAAGCUGGUAACUGCUGGCUCCAGCAAGGCAAGAACGGGAGAUGUCAGGUCCUCUACAUGCCUGGGAUGAGUCGAGAGGAAUGCUGCCGGAGUGGGAGGCUCGGUACAUCUUGGACUGAGGAAGAUGUGCCAAACAGCACAUUAUUCAGGUGGAUGAUCUUCAAUGGCGGGGCUCCAAACUGCAUACCUUGUAAAGAGACCUGUGAUAAUGUGGACUGUGGCCCUGGGAAGAAAUGUAAAAUGAACAGGAGGAGUAAGCCUCGCUGCGUCUGCGCCCCAGACUGCUCCAACAUCACCUGGAAGGGGCCGGUGUGCGGCUCAGACGGGAAAACAUACCGAGAUGAAUGUGCUCUUUUGAAAUCCAAAUGCAAAGGGCACCCGGAUCUGGAGGUGCAGUACCAAGGCAAAUGCAAAAAGACGUGUCGUGAUGUCAUGUGUCCGGGAAGCUCGACUUGUGUGGUGGACCAGACAAACAACGCAUACUGUGUGACAUGCAACCGCAUAUGCCCAGAGGUCACGUCUCCGGAUCAGUACCUUUGUGGCAACGACGGGAUUGUUUACGCCAGCGCAUGCCAUUUGAGGAGAGCCACGUGCUUGCUUGGUAGAUCCAUUGGAGUGGCAUAUGAAGGGAAAUGCAUCAAGGCCAAGUCAUGUGACGAUAUCCAGUGCAGCGCAGGGAAGAAGUGUCUAUGGGAUUCCAAGAUGGGUCGUGGGCGCUGUGCAGUUUGCAUGGAGAUGUGCCCAGAAAGUCGAUCGGAGGAGGCCGUGUGCGCCAGCGACAACACCACGUAUCCCAGCGAGUGUGCCAUGAAGCAGGCCGCUUGCUCUUUGGGGGUUCUCCUGGAGGUUAAGCAUUCAGGAUCUUGCAACUCUACCAUGUAUUCUCCCAUAUAGCCAUUACUGAAGACCAGGAGGAUGAUGACGAUGAGGACGACCAGGACUACAUGGCUUAUAUCCGAUUAUCACCUGUACUGGAUGGAUAAAGCACCAUCAACCAGUGGAACAGUCCUAGGGCAAGGAAUCAUGUCCACACUGUACAUAUGUGUAUGCUAAUUUAUUUUUCAGAGAAAAAAGAAAGAAGUAUACAUGUAGUUCAGUCUGCUUGAUGUUUAUUUAUACAGUGUUCUGUUUUAUAAUUUAUACAUUUACAGUGUCUGGCUUACUUGUCUAUCAUGUUAUUUUGUUUUCACAUGUUGUCUUUCCCUUUUUUUUUUUUUUUUUAUGACCGAGAAAUAUAUUUGUCCAAAGAGAAGCAGUGUUAUUUAUUGUGAGGUAAAAUGCUAUCAUGUAAAGUGUGAGUCUUCUGCAAGCUGUAAAUUGCAUUCCCUGAGCUGUAUAAACGCUUAUCAAUGUCAAUUCUGUAUCACAGAUGUUUAUUUCACACAUACCUGCAUGUUAGAUUGUGAGUUUAUUUAUUGGAAAAAAAAUGGAAACGCAUAGGAAAAAAAUGUCACUCUUUAAUGUACAUGUAUAUUUUUGGUUUUGUUUACAGCUCAGUGUAACUGACCAAAGGGAUUUUCUUGAACGUUCUUCAAUGUUUUUGUGAUAUGGUGCAGCAGGAUAACAUUGAAAAUGAGCCGUUUCUCAUAUAGGAAACCCCUGACGAUUCCCUUGUACAAAAUGCCGUCCGUCAUCAACAGCAACAGUCUGACUUUUCAACAAUAGGGCAGAAAUUAGCAGAGGGUUAUACUUGUUCGAGAAAACUGUGCCAUGCAACUUUGUCUUUUUUUUUUCUUGCCAAUAUUCUGCUCUAUAUUGCUCUUGCAGAGCUAAAGAAAAGGUCAUUAAGAGGACUCAGUUAUCAAUAUAUAAAACAUUCACUUUUUCACUGUUUUCACUUUGUUGUCAAAAUGCAUUUUUAUUUUCAGACAUCUCAAGAUAAACUAAAUUCAGUUAUAAAUAUAUAGUUUUGUAUUUUUUAUGUAAAUGUCAUAUGUAUAUACAAAGUUUGAUGUAUUUGUACAGAUAUUAAGAGUGAAAUCAAUAAAAAAAAAUACUUAUCAAAUGGUCACUGUGGUACGAAUUUUAUUAAGAAUUGAGUUCUGCCAUUAGCUGACAGCAUGCACCCCAUUCAUUUAUUAUUAUGUAAUCAAAGUGUCCUGGGUCUAUUGCUUAAGCCUUAAGGCCAUUACAUAAGUUUUUAACUGCCAUCAUGACUCUACUGCCAGGAAACCCACAUCUUUUUCCCCACAAUUCAACUAGUAUGAAUAUAAAUUGAACUAAAUUAAGCCAAAAUAUUACCAUAUCAACAUAUCUUUGAGUUCAGGCUUCUGUCUCAGAGCAAUCAAUUGUUAAACUCUCUAUAAAGCUUGUUU